CACCACAGCAUGUGUGUGAGUGUGAGCGUGAGUGUGAAUGCAGGUCAUGCACGUUCGGCUCUGCUGCUCCCUGCUGCUGCUGCUGCUUAGACGUGGUGAUGGGGGGCAAAAAACAGAACCGCUUGCUGACAGAGGGGAACGGGCCACGUUUUGGGGAUCCGAUCACUACGACUUCACCAUCAUGCUGCCCGGCUCGGGGCUGCAGUGCUUCUGGCACUUCGCACAAGAGAGCGGCCGCUUCUACCUGACAUACAUGGUACAGAAGCUCAGCGGUUUGGCCAAUGACAGACGCCUGUCAGUCAGGGUCCUAACCCCUCAGGGUUUUCUGGAGACCUCCUCAAAUGAUGCCGUUGGCCAAAUUAACUUCCAGACUCAAGAAACAGGAUUUUACCAGAUGUGUCUCACCAACGCCCACAAUAGUUUUGGCAGCAUGCAGGUCUUCCUGAACUUCGGGGUUUACUACAAGGGUGCAGGCGACACGACAAAGACGGAGGAUGGCAGAAGGAACAUCACAGACACCCUGUCCCAGAUUGAGAGUAGUUCUAAAAAGCUGCAGGGUAACAUAUGGCAGAUGUGGCGGCACUAUAACUUCGGGCGCAUGACGAAAGGGGCAGACUACUACCUGCUCCUAUCCAACGCCAGCUACGUGACCUGGUGGUCUGCCGCCCAGAGCGCCCUCAUCAUCACAGCUGCAUACCUGCAGCUCCUCAUCCUCAAGAGGCUCGUCACCCCCAGAGGCACGGAGAGCGUCAAACCUCGCUGCUGAGCAGCAGCCUCACGUGACGCUCCUAUAGCAUCGCUAUAAAAACGCCCAUGAUUAUAUUACACAAACCAUUGAUUAAGUCGACAAAGAUGGGCAAGCAGCUUUUGAUCAAAUGCUUCAGACUUUCAUAAGACAUUCUCACAAAUUGGAUAUUAUUUUGUAUAAUGAUUUUUAUCUAAGAGAAUAUUAUAAAGACUCCAUUUUUGAAAUAAAGA